GUCAUGCAUACCGGACGUUUAUUCCGGAUGGACCAAAACAUCAUUGGGAAAGUUGACGUGGAGGAGCCUGUGUACAACCAUGGCUGAUACUAAGGUAGAAAUGUCGACUGAAAACUCCACAGUGAUUCAGAACACAAAUUCCACUUCUCAAACCAACAACCCACUGUCGAGGAAGCUCAACAAAAUCCUGGAGACGAGGCUCGACAAUGACAAGGAGAUGCUGGAGGCUCUGAAGGCGCUCUCUGUGUUCUUCACUGAGAACAGUCUGCGCACCAGGAGAAAUCUUCGCGGAGACAUCGAGAGACGAAGCCUGGGGAUCAACGAGGAGUUUGCCCGAAUAUUUAAGGACGUAAAAGAGGAGCUUGAAAGCGUACAUGAAGAUGUCCAAGACAUGAGCACGUGUUGUGAAGAAAUGACUAACAGAUUAAAGGCCGCAAAGGAACAAACUCAAGACCUCAUAGUGAAAACAAACAAGCUGCAGGGAGAAAAUCAUCGUCUGGAGGUGAGAGCUCAAGUCGCUCAGGCUUUCCUUGCCAAGUUCCAGCUGUCUGCUGAGGAGAUGGCCACACUGCGAGGGGCUCGAGAUGCAGCCAUGACUGAGGACUUCUUCAAAGCUCUCGGUCGAGUGAAGCACAUCCACGAGGAUGUGAAAAUCCUUCUGCGAACCAACCAGCAAACUGCGGGGUUGGAGAUCAUGGAGCAGAUGGCCGUGUUACAGGAGACAUCAUAUGAGCAGCUUUACCGCUGGGCUCAGAAUGAGUGCCGAGGACUGACCCAAGAGACCUGUGAUGUCAGCCCUGUUUUGACUCAAGCCAUGGAAGCCCUGCAGGACCGGCCUGUCCUUUACAAGUACACACUGGAUGAGUUUGGCACUGCACGCAGGUGUGCUGUGGUGCGAGGCUUCAUCGACGCCCUCACUCGCGGUGGCCCAGGAGGAACGCCCCGCCCCAUAGAGAUGCAUUCACAUGACCCUAUGAGGUAUGUUGGGGACAUGUUGGCCUGGCUGCACCAAGCCACCGCCUCGGAGAAAGAACAUCUGGAUGCUCUGCUCAAACAAGUCACUCUGCAAGGUGUGGAGGAGAACAUGCAGGACGUAGUCGGACACAUCACUGAGGGAGUCUGCAGGCCGUUGAAAGUUCGGAUAGAACAGGUCAUCGUGGCUGAGCCUGGUGCCGUCCUGCUUUACAAGCUCUCCAACCUGCUCAAGUUUUACCACCACACCAUCAGUUCUAUCAUUGGAACCAGUGUUGCCUCGCUGCUCAUCACUAUGGAAGAAAUGCACAUCCUCAGCAAAAAGAUGUUCUUCAACAGCCUGAGCCUUCAUGCAAGCAGACUUAUGGAUAAGGUGGAGCUGCCACCUGCAGACCUGGGACCCACAGCGUCUCUCACUCAGACCCUCUCCCUCCUCAGGGAGGUGCUGGCCUCACACGACUCGUCAGUCGUUCCCCUGGAUGCCCGCCAGGCUGACUUUGCUCAGGUGCUCUCCUGCAUCUUAGAUCCCCUCCUGCAGCUGUGCACUGUGUCAGCCAGCAACCUGGGAACUGCUGACAUGGCGACAUACAUGGUCAACUCUCUGUAUGUCAUGAAGACUACGCUGGCUCUCUUUGAGUUCACUGACAAGAGGCUGGAGAUGCUCGAGUUCCAGAUCGAGGCUCAUCUUGACACGCUGAUUAACGAGCAGGCAUCCUACGUUCUGACCAGAGCCGGGCUCAGUUAUAUCUACAGCUGUGUGCAGCAGCACGGUACCGAACAGGGUCCUCUCUCGCUCCUCCCCAGCAUGGACAGCUCUUCUAUUAAAGCAGCAAUGGUCCAGUUUGAUCGGUACCUGUCGUCUCCUGACACUCUUGUGAUGCCACAGCUCAACUUUCUUCUCAGUGCAGCCAUCAAGGAGCAGAUUUUCAGACAGUCCACAGAGCUGGUGUGCAGAGCCUAUGGAGAGGUUUACACGGCGCUGACCAGCCCAGCAAACAGCUACAAAGACCCAGAGAACCUGGUGCCAAGAUCCCCUCAGCAGGUUCAGACCUUACUGUCCUGAGGCACUCUAAUCCAACCUGGUUGAUCUUGAACUCAUGAGGUGAGCCCCCAGUGAAGGACAGUCUGCAGUUAUUUAAAGACUGGUGUAAUUUGUACAGUAUAAUGACACAAAUGUAUUUAAGAGAAGUCUGUAAGGUGGGGUUCUUUUCGGGAAAUGUGGGAUGUGAGUGGCCUCAAAGAGAAACACUCCUGUGUGUCAGGAGAGAGAACAUUUGAAAUCUAAAUAUAUAAAUGUAUAUUUAUGAUCCACUUAUUUCCCUGCUGCAGGCACUCUGCUUGUUUUUCUCUCUGUAAAGCACAUGCGUCUCUUUUCUACCUGUUAUUACAUCGUGUACUCUGUGUGGAGCCUAUAAUUGUACUAAACAAUGUCUUUUAAUCUGAAAUAUUGAACACUACAUAAAACUAAAAACACUGAAUUUGAAAGACUUGUCUCCUUUUUCUGCUCCUGACAGUGGGCAGUGGAAAUUUAGCCUCAAUACCAAGAGAGACCUCAGGAGCUUUUACACAGACCUUGUGAUUAUUUCAAGCUCAACUGUUGAGUUGAGUUGGACACAUAAAGUGGAAAAUCUGUCGUACCAUCUUGUUUAACAGUUCAAAAAAAUGUGUACUCUGCUGACUCAGAGGUGAAAAAAGAUGAUAAUGAGGCUGGAUUUAGUCAUUUACUAUAAAUCCAACCUUUGAAUGAGUCAUUGUGCUGUUGGGUGGAGAAUUUAUUCACUGUUUGCAGAGCCUCUAAAAUUAUCUUAUAUGUAUUCUAAUGACACAUUUUUAUUUAUCUAGUCUUUCAACUGAUCAAACUUCUCCCUUGCUCAUGCAGUGGUGACUUCAAAAUAAAAGCAUUUAACGUAGUCGUAAUCCUUCAAAUUAAAGGUAUGCAUAAAAUGACAAUAAUUACAACUUAAGGAGUCAUAAAUCAAGACCUUUCAAAGGGAACACUUUAAAAAUUGAUCCAAUAAUCCAGACUCUAAAGGAUGAUCCUCAAAAUGAUUGAUUCACUGCGUUAUCUUAAAAUACACAAAGUAAUAUUGAUCCCAAUUCAGAGGUGUUUUUAAUCCUUCUGAAAAUCUAAGCUCCUUAAAACUGGAAAGUGAUAUCACUGUGCACUAUUGAUAUCACAUCUAUGAGAAUCUGACACCAACUGGCCCACAUCAUCCCCAAUAAAGCACCUGUGUAACAGUAAAGAUAAGUGAUUAUUGAUCGUGUCUGUUGCUUUAGUCUCUGGCCUGAGAGGCAGCAUUUCAUUUCUGCUAUCUGACAUCAAGGUUCAUGGCAGCAGGCCUGAUCUUGGCAGCACUACCAGCACUGAGUCCCAGGAUUUCCCCAGCGCACCGGAUGUUACUCAGAUAUCAUUGGCCAGGACAUUGAGUACUGGGAAUAAAUGGAAUACCACAA